AUGCCUAGGCGCCCACCAGUCACCCUCAAUAGGGGCUCCACCUACACCACAGACAGCCAGGAGACUGCCAAAGCACUCCUUGACCACUUCUACCCUGAUGACUCACCAGACACCUUAACGCGACAUCACGAGCUCAGAUCAGAAAUAACCGACCUUCCUCAGUCCCACGAUGACCCUCCCUUCACCCAGGAGGAGGUUUUAGAGUACUUAAAACAAAUGAACCCCAAGAAGGCUCCCGGACUUGAUAACUUCACAUCCGACAUAAUAUGUCUGCAAUUUGCAAAAGAUUACCCUAAACUUCUGACAGAUAUACUGAACCGUUGUCUUACACCCCAACACUUCUCUGACUAG